UACAACAUACCAAGCGCCACGAAUGACUGCCCAGGAACGUUAUUACGGUUAAUAAUUCCGGAUCGAUCGAUUGCGCGACUCUCAUCUUCAACCCUCUUCCCGAGCGCGUUUCCACUCUUGAACCAUGCCAGCCAUCAGAAGCUUAACGCUGGUUUACGACGCGCUAAACGAGGACAGGACUUUCUCCGAGGGGGACCUCAUAGCCGGGAAAGUGACUCUGGCCGUGGAAAAGCCCACCGCCGUCCAGAGCUUCUUCGUCAAAGUGAAGGGGGACGCUCAAGUGCGCUGGACGACGAGGAGCGGCAACCACAACCAAACACACUCGGCAAGCCGAAGAUACUUCAAACUCAAGCACUUCUUUAUCGGUGAAUGCGCCAGUGAGACUGUGCUUCCCCAAGGUGUCCAUGUGUAUAAUUUCCGCUUUACCAUCCCAUCAGGGACUAUGCCUUCAAGUUUUAAGGGCACCCACGGAAAGAUUGUCUACAUUCUUGAAGCCAAGCUGUUGAGAAGUUGGAAAGUAGACAAGACCGCUGACAAAGUGAUAAUUUUUCGUUCCAAGUCCAUCCCGCACCUACAAUCUCUGAUGUUACAACAAGUUGCAGUUAAAGACAAAGAGUUGGGGAUUUUCUCAAGUGGAAAAGUGCACAUGAAGGUCACUGUUGAUAAGACGGCUUACGCCCCAGGAGAAACAGUGUUGGUUGUUGCAAAAAUCAACAACAACUCGUCGAGUGACAUGAUUCCCAAAGUGCGUUUGUCCCAGGUUAUCGUAUACAGUGCCAGAAGUAGUAGCAAACACGAAAGCAUCACCAUCAACAAAUUGGCCAGCCAAAAUAUUGGACCCCGCUCAGAGAAGGAGGUCAGGUGGGCUGUGAAGAUUCCAACAAAUCAGGAGCCAACCAUCAAAAACUGUGAAAUCAUCUCAGUGGAAUACUCCUUAAAGGUGUAUCUGGACAUAAGUUUUGCCUUCGACCCUGAGGUGACGUUCCCAGUGAUCAUCAUACCUCCAAAUGUAGCCUCUAGUUCUCAGGGUGCUUUUUCUGGGCCCAGCUGGGCCCCACACAACAGUGACUUCCCCCCUGCUGCAGCCAGCGCAGCUUGUUAUCCUCCAUCCCCACACAGAGGCCAAGGGGCCCAAGCAUAUUUGGCACCCUCGCCGUUUUACUCAGAUAAUCCGACAAACUAUGCGGGUCCUUCGACCAUUAAUCCCAGUCCCGUCGCACCCAUGGCGUGGGGCUUCUAUCCAGGAACUUCAUCAUUAUCAUCAUCAUCAUCAUCAUUUACUGUUGUGCACCCUCUACCGAAUCCUGAAAGAUUUCAUUCAACUGCUCCAACAUUUCCACCCAAUCCAUCUCCGCCAGGCCCAUCAGCACCACCGGUAUUAGACUUAGCUCCUUCUGCUCCAUCCUACGAACCACCUUCUUACACGAGCACCACCAACUUCCUGUCUCAAUCUGAUGAACCUCCUCCAGCCUAUUCACUUAUUUUCCCACCAUCUGCAAAGGAUGAGUGAAGCGAAGCCAAAUAAGACAAAUCAGUCUUGAAAACCAUUGUGUAAGUCAUAAACACUGACAUUUUGUAAAUAUGAGAGUCCUCAAAUGUGCAUAUCAUUUUUUAAUUUGAAAUAUGAUGUUGGUAUGUGGAAUGUAUCUCAAGGUUCUAACCUGUUGGCACGUAAAUAAAGUUACUGUGUAAUGCCUGGAUUAGACUACAGCAGGGGUCAGGAAUCUUUUAGGCUGAGAGAGACAUAAACUGCAAAUAUUAUAAAACGUAAUCCCAAAAGAGCUAUAUAAUAUUUUUAAAUCUAAAUACAAGUGUAUUUGUGCAUCUUGUGUUAGACUAACACUUUAAGAGUACAAUAAUUCUCUAAAUCAUUUAAAUAACAUUAUGCUGUUGCUAACGAAUGAUGACAAAAGUACUUCUCACCAUUAAUGCAACUUCGUCGUCUGUUUCAUACGUCAUUAAAUUAAACUUCAUGCAGCCGCUGAGACCUCCAUCAAUUAAUGGUGAACAUCUUAAUGUUUUUUUUUUUGUUUGUUUUUCUUAAAUGUGAGAAAGACUUUUCAUAUGGACAGGUAGAACCAAAAAUUGUCAGUACAGUGAUGCGAUACGUGCCGAAGUGUGUAGUAUGUGACUGCGUUCCAAGUUUUCACAAUUUGUCAGUCUGCAGGUUUAAUUUUUUCCCAUUUCUCCCCACUUAUGUGAGCUCGCCAACAAUGCUUGCCGACAGAGGCAUGUUUGUGUUAAAAAAAAAAAAAAAAUUCCGGUGGUGGGUGGGCGGUCCAUAAGCACACUGUCAUUAUAAACAACGUUGAUAGGCUGUGUAAGGACUAACAUUUGUAAUUAUGAGUGUAGCCCUUUAAGAGCAGAGGGGGGUGGUGCAAGGUAAAUUAGGUAGAAGAGUGUGUGGCCUUGCAGUCGGUAGUUGUUAGAGAAAGUUACAUCUGCUGCCACAAUAUUAAAAAAAAAAAAAGAAGACCUCAGGCUCACUUUGGGUGGGGGGGUCACGCGAUCGACCAAAACUGCCUGACAUUGACAACAUUGAGCACCCCUGUUGCAUACAGUAUGUCAUUAUGAGGGUUCUGUGAGCCAUAGGUUCCCGAACCCUGUACUACAGGACUUUAGCCUGAUAUUGACCCAUUUAGCCAUCACAGGAAAUUUUUCAGAACAAAACCUCUUGUAGUGUGAGAUAAUCUUAUGACAAACCAUUUGGCCUUACGAUAACCUCACAAUGCCAAAAUGACAAGUGCAGCAUGGUGUUUUGUUUUUUUUUUUUUUAAUAUCAUAGCCGUGUAGUGACGUGAACAGCAAGUCUACGCCAGCGGCACCUUGAUGUCGCUCAAAAAGAUUGCAAUUGGCAUACAUUUAUUCAUGUGUACAAACCAAUGUUUGCCAAAGCUUUUGUCCAUGAUUCAACAGAACGCUGGCAUUUUUCUGUAUGUACAAACAUUAGUGCCACCACUUAGCUUGCUCAGUGGUUUCUUGCCUACUUGAGAGCCAUAUUGUACUAAAUAUACAUAAAACAUACCUCAAGCAAUGCUUGAAAGGACAGUCUGAAAUGUCAUUUCCUGUGACAUCACAGGGCUUUUCCAUCGUUGCUUUCCCCACGACAUUCCAGCAGCAAUCCAUUGACAACAACUUGCUGUCGUUAUGGUAACAGUUGUAUCCGUUUGCAGUGUAAGGUGACACGUUUUCUGGCCAUGCCUACCAGAGCUCAGUGAUCUUAAAAGAUAGGAUAAGGUGGUAACAGAAUAAACCAUGUAGUAUUGCCACUAUUGGAUGGCGGUACAGCAAGAUUUUAAUGGGAGGAGUCUGUGAUAGUACAAUCUUGAAAGACCAAAAUUUGUUUUGUAGUCUGAUCCAGGCAUUGGGAUAAGACUGUUCUUAGAGGCCUUCAACUGUUUUCAUGCAUUCUUUCCUACUUUACAUGAACAGUUAAGUCUAAAAUUAUUAAUAAUCUGGUUAAAUUUUGCGUUCAUGCAUAUUUGUGCUUGGAGUUGGCAGGUUUUGACUUGAUAUGAUAAGCUAAAAGUGACCAAAAAAAGCUCACCGUCACAAAAAUGUAUUCAAGUGCCUGGUUUUAUCAAAUAAUUUGGAGGAAGGACAUCUUUUCCAGUAUUUUAACAGAUCAUGAUAUGAAUGAAUUCUUUAGACAGAGGAAAAAAAAAAUCAUUCAAAAUGGAUAUAUUUUGAUUUUAUCUAUGCAUACUACUUAAAGCGUUACAUAAACACGUAUGCAAGAUGAUGAAAUCAAAAGAUCGAUUAUAAUCAAAACAGAUGUUAUUGUAUGUAAUAUUUUGUUUCAUGUAUCUUUUGUUCUUUUAAGACUUUUGCCGUGUCACUGCACUGUAAUACCUGAUUUGCUUGAACCACCUUGUUGUCUUUGUUUGAUACAAUAUAUAUAUAUAUAUAUAUAUAUAUAUAUAUAUAAAAUACAUCAUUUUACUGAGGACUUUGUAUUUUAUCAGGCUCAAUAUGCCACGAGGUAAUACAUUUAGCAAGAGCAUUUCCAUAGUGUGUAUAAGAGAGGUAAUUCUGGAUUAAAUCAUCGCAAUUUCAGUGCUGCGGAAGGAUCUACUCUCACCUCUACAGGUUGACUGUAAUUUACAAGACACCCAAGUAAACAGGCCUCGUUUCCAAAGGGUAAGUCAUUCACUUUAACUAAAGAGACCAAAAUAAAGAGUUUUAAGGUGAAGGUCACUGGAGA